AUGUCUGCUUCAUCAUUAACGACAACCGUUCGAAAUAUUCUCGUUUCAGGCCUCGGAGGUGGUCUUGAUAUUCAUAAUGCCAUGCUCAUGUACUUGCUUCUCAAUGAAGGAAAGAAACAUUUAGAAGAAACAAACAAUAACGAAUUUUCGUAUCGAAUUGAAAACAUUUAUUUGGGCUCUAUCCGUCCCUGCAAAUCGACAGAUAUUGAAAAUCCAGUUCAAAUUCUUUCUUCCAGCGUCACAUUAAUCAACUCGGAGAGUAAAAUUAAAAUCAAAGGACGUUACUUUGAACCGACACUUUCCAAAGAAUUGAAUGAAAAUAUUUUCUUGAUGACUGGUUCGACCGAUAAGAGUCAUCAAAUUGAUCUCAAUGGAAUUGAGAAUUUAAAAGAGGGACUCAAAGAUUUGGUUCAACGAUAUCACUUGACAGAUUUGAUUUUUGUGGAUGGUGGAGGAGAUUCCUUGAUUUUAAAAUCCAAAGAUUCCAUUGACAAGAUUCAUGGAAAUGUCUUUAUGGGAGGCGAUGCUGUAGUAUUGGCUGCACUGAACAAACUCUCUCACGAAAUGCCACAUUUGAAUUUAAUUCAAGGUAUUAUUAGUGUUGGAUUGGAUGUGAAUCGAAAGGCCUUUAAACAAAACAUCAAAUCUAUCGCAAAUCGUGGAGGCUAUUUUGGAAGAAUUAAUUUUGCAACUGGCAAGGAUAAGGACACACGAAAUCACAACAAUGAAUUUAUGAAUGCUGUCACUCGAUAUUUAUUUGGAAAUGAUACCAUCCGAACUAUGGCUCUAGAGAAAUUUUUCACACUUUCUGAACAAUACUUGGUCUUGCAAGAAGAUCAAUGUUCACAAAGUAGCAUUGUCGUUGGAACAAGUCCCACUCGUUUCAUGUCUCAUACGGCCGUUGUGACCUAUCAUGCAUUGAAAGGAAAUUUUGGAUUGAGGCGAACAUUUGUACCAUGGGAACCUAAAUUACAACAAGGAAAAGGAGUGGUCGUAGAGGCCGACCAUCAAUGGAUGUAUUUUGUGAAUCCAGCAGUGGCCGAACAAGUCAAAAUUUCUGAAAAUGGAACCAGCAAGCUGGAGGAAUAG